UAGGGUCCACUGUGACCUUUGGAAGCAUUACUCUGGCCUGGGCCACACGGAGAGUUGAGGGUGGGGCCGGCAAGUCCACGAGCCGAGAUGCCUGGACCCGGUGGGGCCGCUUCAGGACCUGGGGCCUGACAGCGCUGGGGGAGGACUGCCUGUCCAGCCUAGCCAGCAGGUGGGGCGGGACGAUCAGGUGACUGAGUGGAGCUGCUGAAGGCCGGGGCCGGGACCUCACACUGCAGCAGUGGAGGGCUCGCUCUGCACUGGGUCUUAAGGAGGGGGCUUCAGCCACCUGCUCUGUGAAGAAGUCUGUGAAGGCCCCAAAGGAGUACCCAGUUGCUCCAGCAGUGGGCACCACGGUGGUGGUCCUGGGAUCACACCCCCACUCUUCCUACCCCGCUGCUGGCCUGUCCCAGGAAAGGGGGUCUACCCAAGCCUGCCCAGUGGUCACUAGUGGGCGCAGAAGUUCGGGAACCACUGCAAUGACAUCCCUGUUCUGGCUGACCCGCCUCAUCCCAACAGAAAGUGGCACAGAAAGGAUGGUCUGGAUGAGGGGGCGGGACCUGAGUGGCCGGACAGCUGGCUUCCUCCUGCAGGUGCUUCUGACGCCAGCAUGGAGCAAGUCCCUGCGGCCUCGGCCAAGGCCCGUGGCCAGGGCUGCCCCGCCCACUGUGCCCCAGGGCGAAAGCCCCAAAAGGCCGAGUGAGCUGCAGCCUGGAGGCCUCUUUUAAGAUGACCCGCACGGACCCGCCGGACCUGCUGGUGUCGACCGUGUACCAGGACAUCAAGGUGGCGGCCCCGGGGCCCGUGUCGAGGCCCCCGCCAUGUGAGCGCCCAAUGGCCCGGCCUGCUGCGCCCGCGCCUUUCAACAAGCGCCACUGCCGCAGUUUCGAUUUCCUGGAGGCACUGGACCGGGAGGCCAUGGAGGCCCGUCCGGAGCCGCCGCCUCCGGAGCCCGCCGCGCCGCGCGCCCGAUCCCACGACGGCGAGCCACGGCGCCGCGCCCGCUCCAAGAGCGCACCCCGUGCGGCCCCGGGCCUGGCGCCCGCACCCGCCUCGCCGCCUGUGCCGCCGCGCCGAGGCCGGGAGGCCCAGCGGGCGGCGCCGGCCGACGCAUCGCCCCGCCGGGAGCCCGCGUACCCCGCGCUGCGCGCGCUCGCCAACGAGCUGCACCCCAUCAAGCUGCAGCCUCAGCGGGGCGGCCCGGGCCGCAUGGCGCCCCUGUGCGCCGCCGCCAACCGCUGUGCGCCGGCCGAGCCACCCGCGGGGUCGGCCCCCCACGUCCGCUGCCGCCUGGACGUCAAGCCCGACGACGCGGUGCUGCAGCAUGCCGCCCGGAGCUCGAGGCCCUGCGGGCCCACCGAGACCGCGCCCUGGCCCCGCGCCGCCCCGCAGCUCCACGGCCUCACGGUGCCCGGGCCUCGCCACGUGGGGCUUUCGCUCACCCCCACCCCCAGUGACUCAUACUGCGCCGACCCCCGGGCGCUGUACUGCGAUGGGCCCCUUCUCGGGCCCCGAGACUACGCGGAGCGCCGGAGUCUGCCCUUCACCACCCCGCCGGGCCCCACCCAAUUCUUCUACACCGAGGAACCCGAGGGCCACCCCGGUGGCUUCAUGGCCAGCCCUGGACCGCCCUUCGACAGCUACUACCCCAGGCCCUUUCUGUCCGAAGAGCCACCCGGGCCCAGUCCAAGACACGGGGGCAUCUACUAUGCGGGGGAAGUUCGCACCUUCCCCGUCCAAGAACCACCCUCCCGUUCCUACUACGGGGAGGCCCCCCGAGCCUACGGCCCGCCCUGCGGCCCCCGCUACGCCCCCGAAGAGCCCCGGGCUCACCCCGCCGCCCGCCCCUUUUACACCGAGGACUUCGGGCGGUACCGCAAUCGAGAGGCCCUGACGCGGACUUACCCACACCCGCGCAGCAGCCCGGCCUGGGGCGACUGGGGCCCGAGGCCUUACCGCACCCUGCAGGUGGCGCCUCCUCCCCCGGACCCCGGCCCGUUGCUCGCCUCGUGGCACGGCGGCACCGGCACCAGCCCACCCCGGCUAGCGACCGACAGCCGCCACUACUCGCGCUCCUGGGACAACAUCCUGGCGCCCGCGCCGCGCCGCGAAGACCCACUGGGCCGCGGCCGCAGCUACGAGAACCUGCUGGGGCGCGAGGCACGGGAGCCGCGGGGCACAUCCCCCGAAGGCCGGCGCCCGCCCGUCAUAGUGAACCUGUCCACCUCGCCCAGACGCUACGCGGCGCUGUCGCUGUCCGAGACGUCGCUGUCGGAGAAGGGCCGUAUGGGCGAGGGCCUGGCCCGAAACUGGUACGUCACGCCGGAGAUCACCAUCACCGACAACGACCUGCGCGCGGCUGAGCGCCCGAGCGCCAGGAGCUGGGAGCUGCUGGGGAGUCGCCCGCGGCCGCCUCCGCCCGCCGUCCCCGAUGGCCCCGCCCCUGGCCGCCAGCGCAGCCUCGAACAGCUGGACGAGCUCAUCACCGACCUGGUCAUCGACUCGCGGCCCCCAGCCGGCCAAGCGCCCGAGCCCGCGUCCGACGGCCUGGGCCGCCAGCUGCGGCGCCUGCUAGACUCGCGACCCUCGGGCGCCGGGGUCCCGACGCGGGCACCGCGCUCGCCACCCCUGUCUGCCGGCAGCGCUGAGGAGCCCGCGGGCCCGGGUCAGGCGGCCGACGCGUCCCCGGAGCCCAGCGCCGACGAGGACGACCUGAUGACCUGCUCCAAUGCGCGCUGCGGGCGCACCGAGACCAUGUUCAACGCCUGCCUCUACUUCAAGUCCUGCCACAGCUGCUACACCUACUACUGCUCGCGCCUCUGCCGCCGCGAGGACUGGGACGCGCACAAGGCGCGCUGCGUGUACGGCCGCGUGGGCAGCGUGUGCCGCCACGUGUUGCAAUUCUGCCGCGACAGCGGCCCAGUGCACCGCGCCUUCUCGCGCAUCGCGCGCGUCGGCUUCUUGUCGCGCGGCCGCGGCGUUCUCUUCCUGGGCUUCCCGAGUCCCGGCUCCGCAGACAACUUCCUGCGCUUCGGCCUCGAGGGGCUGCUGCUGUCGCCCACCUACCUGUCGCUGCGCGAGCUGGCCAUGCACGCGGCGCCACUGGGCAGCUAUGCUCGGGAGCUGGCGGCCGCCGGCCGCCUCUACGAGCCGGCGGAGUGCUUCCUGCUCAGCGUGUCCGUGGCCGUGGGCCCCGGCGCUGUGCCACCCGGCGCCCCUGCCCGGCCAGCUCCCGCGCCGCGCAGCCCCGGACCCACGGUGCGCAAGUUCGCCAAAGUGGCGCUGGCGGCCGGCAGCCCAGCACGGCCGCCCCCGGCGCGGGGCCGCGAACCCGACAUGGAGACGUUGAUCCUGACGCCGCCGCCCGGCACUGCGGGCCUGGACCAGGACGGCGAGGCGGGCCGGCGAGCACGCGAGGUGGCCUUCAUCCACAUCCAGCGAGAGCUGCGGCUCCGCGGCGUCUUACUACGCCACGAGUUCCCGCGCGUCUACCAGCAGCUCUGCGAGUUCGUCGAAGCCAACCGGCGCUUCACACCCACCACCAUCUACCCCACGGACCGGCGCACAGGCCGUCCCUUCAUGUGCAUGAUCAUGGCCGCCUCCGAGCCACGCGCGCUAGACUGGGUGGCCAGUGCCAACCUGUUGGAUGACAUUAUGUGAGCCGCGAGGGCGCGCCCGGGGCCCGCCCAGUCCACCCAGGGCCCACCCUGAACCCCAUCCAGUCCACCCGAGCCCUGCCCAGUCCACUCAGGCCCCGCCCAGCUCGCCAAAAGCUCCGGCCCAUCGCGUUCUCCACAGGCUCCGCCUUUCCCUCCGCCUUCCUGCGAACCCCCUUCCCCCCCAACCCCCAGACCAGUCCCGCCCGGCUCCCUCUACCCCAGCUCGCCUUCGGGCCUCCCCAAGGGCCGGUCCUCGGCCGCUUGGUGCUCCCCGCUGGGAGGCGGGGUGGGUCUGAGGACCAGCCCGCCCUGCCUUUACGCGGAGGGGUCACUGCUGCAGAUCCCACCGCGCAUAAUCGGUUCGUCCGACCCCUGUCCGUCUGCAGGGCCUCCCUGGAACCUCUCCAACCCCGGCUCGCCCUGGUCCAGGAUCCCGAGUCGACCAAAGCCUAGUCCCGUCCCUUUAAACACACUCCCCACCCGCCUCCUGUGGUCUGGGAUGCGUCCUGCUCAGAGGCCUUUCCCCUCUAGAGGACACCCUGAUUGGCCUCGGUGUGUCCGCAUCCCAAGCACGUCCUGGCCUGAUGGGCAGGGCCGGCGGGGACCUGCGCGUGGUGUCUCCGCUGGCCCCCAUCCCUGCUGUGCCGGACCAUGGCAAACUGACGGCGCUGCCCGCCCUGCUGCAGGGGUUGGGCAAGCAGCAGUGAAGGGGUACUCGGGGGUCCUCAGCCAAGGUGCAAGACACCCAGCCAGAGGGAAGGGAGUCCUGGGUGGGGGAAGCAGAGCGGACGUAUGGGUAGGGGCGCUGGCCAGACCUGAGACCUGGCUGGGCGUGAGUCGGGCUGCCUGCCCUCACCCGACAGGAUGGC